UUUGUCUUUAGUCUUUACACCACUAUCGAUCACAGCGGGAAAUUUGAAAUCUGUAAGUUCAGAUUAAUCUGCAAUUCAGUUUACAAAAUACCAUCUUGGAUGAGAAAUUUGUAUGUCUGAUGGUUUUAUAGAAAACAAUACUUGAUUUAGUUUUAUUAUCCUACAGGUGCAGACACAUCCGAGCGUUUUUGAAUUUUAGAAAAUACGGAUAUUCUCUGCAAUGCCCACUUUCCUUGCGCAAGGUUUGUCGGUUAUGUUUAUCGUGACAUGUGUUCGCUUUUGUUUACGAUUUCAUAACCCCACUUCUUCAUUUAUUUCUAAGCCAACUGUCUUUAAAGAUUGUCGGUGAUUAUUAUUAUGAUUUGAAAUGCUCGGUUUCAGAUUUUUAAAAAUGUCUAGCUUGCAGACAUGGAGCUACAGGAAAUUCAAAAGAAAUAUGAACGAUAUCGCAGUAGAGAGUAUUCCAGAGGUAUCCUCUGUGUCGAUAAAGAAAACUUUAAGGAACCACACGAGUUUUGAAGAAGGACAUACUUGUUUUAUAAUGUCAUGUAAUUUGUGUACUAGAAAACCAAAGGUAGCCAGGAUAUAUAUUAAUAAAACUACAGGUAUGUUCAUGUGCAGUGGCUGUAAAAUGACUGGACAGUGGCAGACUUUGGAAGCUAUGCUAGGCAACAAAAAAAUCAGAGCAAAAAAAGCACCAGCAGAAAGUGUAGAGGAAAUCGAGGAGAGCAUUAAAAAGACCCUAGAGGAUGUUGCCAGUAAUACUAGGUUGUUGAGGUUGCUUGAAGAAGAAAGUCUCAAUUCAGUAUUGAAAAAGUUUAAAUUACCAGUCACUUCAAAAUCAGUGACGGAUAACUUGGACGUACGAUUGAAUGAUAAGGAAACUCAAAUGUUUUUCCCUUUAGAAAACAUAGAAGCUGAACUGGUUGGUUACAGGAAAAUUAACUCGACCCGAACAAUAGAUGAAAUAUUUCCGACAAUAAAGUGUGGGGGAAUCCUCGUCAGUAAAGCAGCAAAACUGAAAGAUACAGCAGUAUUAGUGCCGAGCAUUUCAGACUUCCUUGUUCUUUUGAAUGCCAAAGUCAGUUCAAAUAUUGUAUGCCUACCAAAUGGAGUUAACAAUCUCUCUCAAUACGUUUUACCUAGUUUAGAAAAAUAUAAGAAAUUGAUUCUAUGGCUUGGAAAUGAUAGUAAAGCCUGGGAAGCAGCAAGGGAUUUUGCCAGGAAGUUGGGUGAAAAGAGGUGUCUCAUUAUUAGACCUACUGAAAUCCAUAAACUACCUCAUUUAGCAGACUCUCAGGAUUUCAAGACAAUCUUGUCCGAAGCUCAACCUAUUUGGCACAAGUCGAUCACAACUUUUGCCAAUUUGAGGGCAGAUGUUUACUCUGACUUGCUGAAUAUUGAUAAGGUUCAAGGUGUAAAAUGGAAAAGGUUCCCAACAUUGAACAAAAUCCUUAAAGGCCACAGAAGGGGAGAACUGACUGUGAUAACUGGUCCUACUGGAUCAGGGAAAACAACUUUCAUCAGUGAAUAUUCUUUGGAUCUUGCGAUGCAAGGUGUAAAUACCCUUUGGGGUAGUUUUGAGAUACGCAAUGCCAGGCUGGCCAAAACUAUGUUGCAGCAAAAGGCUGGGUUUCCCCUUGAUGAAAAUCUACAUUUAUUUGAUCAAUUGGCUGACGAGUUUGAGAAAUUGCCUAUCUAUUUCAUGACAUUCCAUGGUCAGCAGACUAUCAAAGUUGUUAUGGAGGCUGUUGAACAUGCUACUUAUGUAUACGAUAUCGGCCAUGUGAUAAUCGAUAAUGUACAGUUUAUGAUGGGCAUGUCUGACGACCAAAAACACUUGGACCGAUUUUGGAGACAAGACGCUAUUAUCCAAGCGUUUAGACAGUUUGCGACAAGAAAAAAUUGCCAUGUUACACUAGUCAUACAUCCAAGGACAGGAACUAUAUUUGAAUUAUCAAAGCUAAUGUGCGGAGAACGGGCAAUGUAUAACAAAAAUUUGUCGAAAGUACUUACCGUUUAGUUGAUAAGAAAUUUCAAGUGCUGUCCCGUUCAACUGUUUGAAGUGGUCGCCGUUCGAUUCCAAAAACGCAAAUCUGUGCUCAACGAUUGCAACAUUUGCAACAUUCGGGGUUGUCUAAGUAUUCAGUUAUGCCCUUCUUGAUAUACUUAUAAGAAACCGACGCGGUACGGAUGACUACGCUCAUAAAAACGAUUUGAAUGCGCUGAAAAAACCUCACCAGCAUGCAGCAUCUUGAAAAAACUCAUUGUAAACUAACACCAUAGCUCAAGCCUUUGGGGUAUUUGUUACCAGGAAAGUUGUUUAUUCUUACAAGAACCAUACGCUUUGUAAAAGGAAAACCCAAUUUUGAGAACACUGUAUAGCUCAGAAAAUGUAGGAAAUGUUUGAUGCAGACAUCAAGAAUUAAUUUACUGCAAAUUCUCUAGAGUGUUAUUUUUUAUAACCGAGAAUGAUACCAUGUAUGUCCAAAAAUUUUCCCGAAUUUUAUGACAAUCAAAUUUAGGAAAGAACGUGAAGAUGAGGAUCUAACUACGAGUUCUAUAUUUGGAGGAGCAAAAGCGUCUCAGGAGGCUGACAAUGUACUUAUAAUUCAGGACCGAAGACUGAUAUCCACAAAGGGCAAAAAAUACUUGCAGGUUGCCAAAAAUAGAUACAGUGGCGAUUUGGGCUUGAUGACUCUAGAAUUCAAUAAAGCAGGUUUGAGUUACCAGCAAAAAAUUAAAACUAAGGAAAAGAAAAAAGCCGAGGAACUACCCGUUGAUAGUGCCAUACCAGUUGAAUUGAAUAUAGACUGAUAAUUUUAAGAUUCAUGUUAGAGUUUUUGAAAUACAACCGAGCUGUAUUAGAUUUUGCAGGUCAUAUGCGGAAUAUUAGAGACUCGCGGGGGAACUUUACCGAUUUAUCAAGAAACAAGCCUUAUUGAUAAAUGAUAUACAAAUUUCUACAGCUCAUACUAUAUUGCAUUAAACGUGCUUAGUAUCCCAUUUUAUCAAGGGAUAUCCGCCCUAAGUGGUCCGGGGAGUGAUAGUGGGAGUUCAAAUUUUGGAGGUCCGUCUUAUUUUCAGUGGAAACAUCUUAAAAAACAAAUUCUCGAUUUUAACCAGUGGCGUCCCAAUUAACAUAGUCCUAAAUAUCGCCAGUGACUGAAAAUAAAACUGUUAUCUGUAUUUUUUUGAGCAGAUUUGAUAUUUUGAUUUUUUUAGUCCAACGCACGGUUUUCAUCUAAAAACAUCAAAGCUGUUUCUCUGAUGGUAUUGUCAUAUUAACGAUAUUGUUACGAUCCUGCAAAGAAACGGUUUUUAUUUGUUUAAUGGAUGAGUAUAGUCAAAAUGUUUUCUUUUUGUUAAUAUUGAAAGCCGUUUUCAAACAUAUCGAUCAUUAAUUUCUCAAUCAUGUUAAAAUAACAACAUAACGAAAUUGAAAAGAUACAAUUUGAAAUGACAUUAUUUACCUAAGUGUUUAUUGUUCGCAUUAUUUACCUAGUACCUAAUGUUACUUCUCAAUAAUGCAUUGCGGGUAUUAAUGGGAAUUUCUUUGGUCAGUAGCGGAAAAAAGAUAUUUAAACUUUCAAUUGCCGUUAAGACAGCGUCCCGGAGAACGUACUUGACAUUUUAGUAUUACUUUUCAUGUGUUUUCUUUUAGAAUUUGGAAGUGGUGGGUCACAUAACAUAGAUUAUUUUGCUUCUAAAAAACUGCACUUCUUUUAUAUAUCUUUCCAGACUUUGCCUAGGAUCUGAAACAUGAACUGGGAACAUGUGAAUUAGCUACUAAACUUUUGUAGAUAAUAACCUAUAAAUCAAUACGGUGUCAUCACAUUUUAGACUUCUCCUUUACAAAAGCUAUAGGUACGCCCGUAGUCACAAUAUGGCAGUAGUUCUCCUAAAAAUUGGAAAUUUUGCCAAUUUGAUCUGCAUUUUGGUCCGCUCGGAAGGAGGCGGGGGCGCCCCUCCUUAUCUACGCCUCUGACAAGUAUGAUACCUCGUUACCAAUAUUUUUAUAUGAAACUAAAAGUGAGAAGUUUUACCUGUUUUCUCAUAUUUUUUAUAAAGAUUAUUUGUAAUUUGUUAUACGUAUAUAUAUAUUAUACCAAAGUAUAUAUUGAC